UCCAGGAUGCAGCCUCUCUGAGCAUUAUGGUAAUGCCUGAGUCACCUUCGGCUGGACCGCAGUGAAUAAAAGGCUAGAAAGCUAGCAAGGGGUCAGAAGACAUCUGCCCAGAGGAGUCAGUGUGUGUGAGAAUCUCUGGAAUGGAAGCGUGGAACGAUAGCGAUGGAGAGAUAGGAUGAGAAUCGAGAGAAAAAUGGCAGAAAUGGAGGACCAGACAGCCUCACUGACCGACUGACUCCUAGAAAGAAGGACUUUGCGAGGCAGAGGAGGCUGGAUCACGUGACAGAGCCCUCGGGAGGGGAAAAGGAAACCACCCAACUGGAUCAAUAACGGUAGAAAGAGAUCUGACGGAACGAUCAAGACAGGUCGUCUCUGGGAAACGCCUGCCAGAGGGCAAGAGAAGGAAGUAGGGAGAGCAGAAGGUGGAACAUCUGCAGGAGAUGCAGGCGAUGGAGCAGUAGAGCCGGAACCUCAACCUGGCGGGAGCAACCAAGGGAUGCCCAAAUAUACACGGGCCUGAUGCUGGAACAGAAGACAGGUAGACUGGGUUCCUCCAGACAGAUUGGAUGAUGGCCAGCCGACUCUGGCGGCAGCAAGCCAAGGAGACCAGCCCCACCUAGGUGGGAUGCGAGAGAGAACCGAAGUCUCACAGAGGCCGCAAAAGAUUGCAGGUGGAUGUUGGAGCUUUAAAGGGAUGCCUGCCUCCCAGGUGGAGUAACAGAAGGUCAGAAGCAGCUGCUCCAUCAAGUGAGGGGGUUCCUGGGACCACCUUCUUCUGGAAGGGCGAGAGAAGGAGGAGAACCUUGCUGCGUCCAAGCUGAUCUGGAGAGGCGUCCCUUGGCGAGACCCCAUGGCACGAGCCCCGCCCUCACCUCUGACCCCCAGCAACAUCCCACGAAACCUGAGCUACAUCGCCGGCCUGUACGAACGAGCCUACUACCGAACCGCCCGCCCGAGCCUGGCCGAAGACUCGGGCACCGAGGGCUCCGAAUCGGAGUCGGAGAGCAGGCCCCGGAGCAGGCCCAGGAGACGGCGCCAUCUCUUCGGGGGCACGAAGAGGAGGGGGAGGCGUCGGACCCGCUCCGCCCCAGCCAGGGGCAGGAGCCGGGGGGCCUCCCGAAGCCGCAGCCCCGGGACACGCAAAAGAGUUCGCUUUGCGGACUCCUUGGGCCUCGAGCUCACCAGCGUCAGGCAGUUCUGGCCCAACGAUCUGCCAGAAGUGCCGGAGCGGGUCCACGCCCAGCUGAGGCGUGAUUCCCUCAGCCAUUUCGCCCCCUGCCUGCCUUUUUGCCCACCUGUGAAGGAUCCUUUGAAUCUAUGGGGCGUGCUGGAGCCCACGUUUGCAGACCCACUGUCCAUGCCCGACUUCUUGCCACGCCUCUUGGCACAGUGUGUCCUGCUGGAAGGAGCCAGGGCCGAGGGCUCAUGCGUGUCCGGAACCGUCCGGGUGCUCAACUUGGCUUACGAGAAGUGGGUCUCCGUGCGAUACACCUGGGACUCUUGGGCCACUCAGCGUGAAGCCCGGGCUUCCUACGCCGCCCCUGCGGGCCGCGACCGAGACCAUGCCGACCGCUUUGCCUUCCGCCUGCCACUGCCUGUCCCGUUCCCCCCGGGGGUCAGCCUAGAGUUUGCGCUCUGCUACCUCGUGGGCGGGAAGGAAUUCUGGGACAACAACCAAGGCCGCAACUAUUGUCUGAGACCCCCACCCUCCGUAGAGGAGGAGGAGGAGCCCCCGAGCCCCACUCAAGAUUGCUGCGAUUCAGGAUGGAUACACUUCAUCUAGGGGGUCAGACAGAGGCCUAUGAGAGAGGGAAGGAG